AAGCUAAUUAUAAAUAUCAUAUAUCCCUAUUUAGUGCUUAUUCUGGACCAAGGGAUUUUAUAUACAUUGUUGACUUGUUUUUGUAGGGGCUGGCUGGAUAUACUACUUUGUAAUUUUUAUUCAAACUGCCAUUAACACUGGCAUAAGCAUAGGAUCUAUUUUGCUUGCUGGGGAAUGCCUUCAGGUAUUGUUGACUUUAUAUACGUAAAUGUGGCAGUUGUGCUUGUGUGGCAUUCCAGCUCAGCUCUUUGUUUAGUUGUUAAUUGUUUGUUAAGUUUGUUAGAUUAACUUUAUCAUGUAUAUAUAUAUAGCUAGGUCAAAACUUGUACAGUACACUUUCAAUUGAAUGAAUUUUCCCCAAAUUACAACAUGGUAUCAGAGCACAAUGCUCUCGAUCAUCUCUGAAAUUCAUUCUUCAAUCAAUUGAAUCUCAUCUGCUUGUUUCUUUCUUCUGUUCUUCAUUUCAUUUCACAAAUUUGUUCAAUAAUCAUGUCAUCUCAAUCGAAUCUAAGUAAUAACACAAUUGAUGCUUCGAAUCCUUUAUACCUUCAUCCUUCGGAUCAUCCAGGUAUGAUGUUAGUCUCAAAAAUUUUUGAUGGAUCUGGAUUUGCAUCUUGGAAGCGUGCGAUGUCUAUUGCAUCUUGGAAGCGUGAGAAUUUAUUACAACAGAUAAUGUAUUGGAGUAUUUUCCCCGACGGACCCCUUCAUCUCUGGGAAUUCAUAGCAAUGGUGACAGUGGUGAUGAUGGUUCUUUCUCAGUUGCCGAGUUUUCACUCUCUUAGACAUGUCAACUUAGCUUCACUAUUGUUGAGCUUAGCCUAUACAUUCGUUAUGGUUGUCGCUUGCCUCCAUGCAGGGAUAUCGAAAAAUGCACCUUCAAGAGAUUAUUCAUUACAAUCUUCCAAGUUUUCAGUGGUUAUGAGUGCCUUCACCUCGAUCUCUAUAAUCGCUGCCAUAUUUGGAAACGGGAUUGUGCCUGAGAUACAAGCUACGUUGGCUCCACCGGUAACAGGGAAGAUGUUUAAAGGACUUAUGAUGUGUUACGCUGUGAUUUUCGUUACAUUCUACUCUGCUGCUAUUUCUGGUUACUAUGUGUUUGGCAAUAAAGCUUCCUCAAACAUUCUUACAGACCUCAUGCCUGAUGAGGGACCUGCCUUAGCCCCCACAUGGCUUCUUGGACUUGGUGUUGUGUUCAUUCUUCUUCAACUCUUUGCUAUUGGACUUGUUUAUUCUCAAGUAGCUUAUGAGAUUAUGGAAACGAAAUCCGCAGAUGUGAAUCAAGGGAUGUUCUCAAAACGAAACCUAAUCCCGAGAAUAGUUUUGCGGUCACUCUACAUGAUAUUUUGUGGGUUUUUCGCGGCGAUGCUGCCAUUUUUCGGGGACAUUAGUGGUGUAGUUGGAGCCCUGGGUUUCAUUCCAUUGGACUUCAUCCUUCCGAUGCUUUUAUACAACAUGACUUACAAGCCAGCGAGAUCUUCAUUCACUUACUGGAUAAAUAUGUUUAUUAUGGUGGUUUUUACCGGCGUUUGCUUGUUGGGUUCGUUUUCUUCUAUAAGACAGUUGGUUCUUGAUGCUAGUAAAUUCAAACUGUUUAGUGAUGAUGUGGUUGACUGAACUUGAAGAAAAGCUAAACUCCACUUUUUGGAAGUACAUAGGUAGUUAAAUGUUGUAAAACUCUUAUAACAAAAUGCUUUUCAAGUCU